AUGCUUUUCUACUCCUUCCUCCCUUAUCUCCAUACCUCAAGACAUCUCUUUCAAAAUCAUUUGUCAUUUGAGCUCUGCUUUGUGACAGAUGCAGGGGCUUUAAUCCAGGAUGAACGAAUGCUACUAUGAUAAGCGCAUGGACUUUUUCUAUAACAAGACAAACACUGACACAGUAGAUGAGUGGACAGGGCCUAAGCUUAUUGUUGUUCUGUGUUUUGGGACAUUUUUCUGCCUCUUCAUUUUCAUUUCAAAUUCAUUGGUCAUAGCAGCUGUGGUCAAGAACAAGAGGUUUCAUUUUCCCUUUUACUAUCUCCUGGCCAACUUAGCUGCUGCAGACUUUUUUGCUGGAAUUGCUUAUGUCUUCUUGAUGUUCAACACUGGCCCAGUGUCUAAGACAUUAACUGUUAACCGCUGGUUUUUGCGUCAGGGUCUUCUGGACACCAGCCUGACAGCUUCUCUGGUGAAUCUCCUCGUCAUAGCUGUUGAGAGGCAUAUGUCGAUAAUGCGGAUGAAGAUCCACAGUAAUCUCACAAAGAAGAGAGUCACCUUUUUAAUUAUAUCAAUUUGGGCCAUUGCUAUUUUCAUGGGUGCUGUUCCUACUCUGGGUUGGAACUGCCUCUGUGACAUUACCGCCUGCUCAUCCUUGGCACCUAUUUACAGCAGAAGUUACCUGGUGUUCUGGAGUGUCUUGAACUUAGUCGUCUUCUUCAUUAUGGUGGUGGUUUACAUAAGAAUCUACAUGUACGUCCAGAGGAAAACUAAUGUCUUGUCGUCGCACACUAGUGGAUCCAUUAGCCGUAGGAGAACCCCUGUGAAGCUUAUGAAGACUGUCAUGACUCUCUUAGGUGCCUUUGUUGUCUGCUGGACCCCUGGCCUGGUUGUCUUACUGCUUGAUGGUCUGAACUGCACCUACUGUGGGAUUCAGAAUGUUAAAAGGUGGUUUCUUCUCCUGGCCCUAUUAAACUCUGUCAUGAAUCCAAUAAUUUAUUCAUACAAAGAUGAUGAGAUGUGGGGUACCAUGAAAAAGAUGAUUUGCUGCUCCGCUGAGGAUAAGAGCCAGGAGAGACGCUCGUCGCGGAUCCCCUCGACAGUUCUCUGCAGGAGCACGGAUACCUCCGGGCACUACAUUGAAGAUGGCAUUAUUCAAGGGACAAUUUGUGGAAAAGGAGAUCUUGGUGACAAAGGAAACUCCUGA